AUGCGGUCUCGCAGAUGCGGGAAGGAGGAUCGUAGGUGCGAGUUUUCUUGGAAGGUUGGUUUUUCGCAGAUUUGGGCGUGGAGCCGCAUCUGCGGUGUCGCAGAUGCAGCGAUGGCAUCGCAGAUGCGGAUUUUAGGCAUGUGGGAAUUUCCGCAGAAGCGGAUGGUAGCCGUAGAUGCGGAAGCCGCAGAUGCGGAUUUGCGACUGCAGAAGAGGUCUUGGCUUAAGAGAAUGCUCGCGAAUACAGUCGAAUACAUUCUCUGCUUAGCUGGACUCCCCUGUUUUCUGCCGAGCUUUGCUACUGUAUUAAUGAAUACAGUAGCAAAAAUACAUAGAAUACAGUCUAUAGCAACUGGAAACAUAGCUAUAGGAAAGGCACAACCUAUUGGAGUAUGCUAUGGGAGAAAUGGUAACAACUUACCAUCAGCACAAGAUGUUGUAAAUUUUUAUAAAGCUAAUGGCAUAACAAAUAUGAGAGUUUAUGAUCCAAUUGCUGAAACACUGACUGCUCUUAAGGGAAGUAACAUUGAAAUAAUUGUUGAUAUUCCUAAUGAUAAUCUUCAAGCUUUAACAGAUCCAAAUGCAGCUGCAAAUUGGGUUAAUGCAAAUAUUGUGGCUUAUUCCCCAGAUGUUAAGUUCAAAUAUAUUAAUGUUGGAAAUGAAGUAUCCCCUAGUAAUGUUGCAACAUCUAAAUUUGCUCCCUUUCUUCUCCCCGCGUUGCAAAACGUGCAACAGGCGAUAACGAAAUUUCAACUUCAAGUUAAGGUCUCAACGGCUAUAGAGACGGGUAUUUUGACGAACACAUAUCCUCCUUCUGAGUCAGUAUUUAGAGGCGAUAUAAGCGAUUUCAUUAACCCACUUAUCGGGUUCCUGAAACAGAAUAACUUGCCUGUCUUAGCAAAUAUAUAUCCAUAUUUUGGUUAUCUUGGCGAUCCUGCUCAUGUGCCACUCCCUUAUGCACUAUUUACACAACAAAAUCCUGAUCCAUCAGGCUAUCAUAAUCUUUUCGACGCUAUGUUGGAUGCAACUUAUUAUGCAGUUGAGAAAGCUGGCGGAGAAAACUUGCCAAUUGUUGUUUCGGAAAGUGGAUGGCCAUCUGCUGGUGGAGAUGGAGCAAGCAUAGAUAAUGGCGGAACUUAUUACACUAAUUUGAUUAGUCAUGUGAAGUCAGGUGCAGGAACUCCACACAAGCCUGGAACUGCUAUAGAAACUUAUUUGUUUGCUAUGUUUGAUGAAAAUAUUAAGAUCGGGGCCGAGACUGAGAAGCAUUUUGGAGUUUUCCAUCCUGAUAAAACUCCCAAGUAUAAUCUUAAAUUCUAG